AUGUCGUCGAUUGAGACUUACGGCGCCUCGAACGUUCCUCCCGCAGCUCGCAACGAGGCCGGCGUCGUUCUGCGACCUGUCGUUCUUCCCUCGCGGCUGAUCUCGCACUUCAUGAACGUCGUCGCGGCGCACAACACCGCGCUCAACAUCGAGACGUGCGGCUUGCUCCUCGGGACGCAGGCACGCUCCCUGCCGCAGCAGAAGGACGACAGGCUUGUCGUGUCGCAUUUGCUCGUCCCGAAGCAGGCGGGUACGCCCGACACGUGUACGGCGACCAACGACGAGGAAACGUUCGCGUUCCAGGAGGAGCGAGGUCUCAUGACGCUCGGCUGGAUCCACACGCACCCGACCCAGUCCAUCUUCCUCUCGUCGCUCGACCUGCACACGCACCUCGGGUUCCAGCUCCUCCUCCGCGAGGCCAUCGCCGUCGUGUGCGCGCCGAGUGCCUCUGACGAUGAGCCGCAGUGCGGCGUGUUCCGCAUCACGGACCCGCCGGGCAUGGGCGCUGUCGCGGCGUGCGGCGAGGGAGGCGCUUUCCAUCCUCACCCGCCCCUUCCGCUCUACACGGACGUCGACGAGGACGGCGGGCACUGCCAAGUCGACGACGAUGCGCCGUUCGAGUGCGUCGACAUGCGGUGA